GGAGCCGAGAGGAUGAUAAGGCAAUACACCUGGCUGUCAAGAUAUGUUUGCCUACCUGUCACUUCCUGCUGUCGGUAUUUAUUCAUUUUCAUUUCUUUAUUCGACUGGAGAUAAUCUGGCACGUCACUGCCAUGUUUGUAUGAUCUCGUCUAAUGUAUCCCGCACGAUUUGUGGAUCCUGCGGACCAAACCUUACGACCUUGGCUCCAUGUUCGGCUCAAAGGAGGAGUAACCCCCUUGGACGCUGCUUGGAAAACACUACUUGGGCUUAAUCAACCACCGCGGCUAUACUCGUUUUAAUGUGGACUCAUACUGUCGUCUAUAUUAAUACAGAUACAACAACAACAACAGCAGCAGCAGCAGCAGCAGCGAGGGACUCAGCCUGGUGGAAAGGCAUGGAUGAGAGGUUAUGUGUGCCUCCCAGCUGUCGCCCUGACCUGUGCAUCCCGACAGUUCCUCUGUGAGUAUGUAUCGCAGGAACGGGCUCUCAAAUGGCACCAGCAUCAAUUCAGUCACCUCAGAGGCCAGCAGCAGUUCUGAUUCUCUGGAUGGACCCUGUGUGGAUUAUGCCAAGAGCUAUGAUGCCGUCGUCUUUGAUGUGCUGAAGGUGACACCUGAGGAGUUUGCUAGCCAAAUCACGCUGAUGGACGCACCAGUCUUCAAAGCGAUUCAGCCAGAGGAGCUGGCCAGCUGUGGAUGGAACGGGAAGGAGAAACACAGUUUGGCCCCCAAUGUGGUCGCAUUCACACGCAGGUUCAACCAGGUGAGCUUUUGGCUGGUGAGGGAAAUCUUAACUGCCCAGACGCUGAAAAUCCGUGCAGAAAUACUGAGCCAUUUUGUUAAAAUAGCAAAGAAACUGUUGGAGUUGAACAACCUUCAUUCUUUGGUGUCGGUGGUGUCUGCUCUGCAGAGUGCUCCCAUCUUCAGACUCAGCAAAACCUGGGCGAGAUGCCUUCAUCGCCAAACAACAACCUGAGCAGGUUGGCACUCCUGCACUCCCAGAGUACCCAGGUGGGCAAAGUGGAUGAUGCUGCUCUCCGUGAAAUGAAAAUGAAUGUGGCAUAUUGCAUCGCCAAAGAAGAACUUCCUUUUAAGAAGUUUAGGCGGGUGAUUUUGCCCUGGAAAAAAAAUUGAGUGGAUAACAUUCCAUCUUAUGAUUACCACAUCCGAUGUGGAGAGAGGAUUUUGAUAAUCGCUGAUGGAAUUAAGUCCAACCUGGUGGAGGAAAUUAGAGGACGACACUACCUGUCUGUGAUGAUCGACGAGGACACGGAUGCAUUGAACAAGGAAUGUGAAAUGGUCUACGUUCAAAUCCUUAAAAAUGGCCAGCCAUUAACCAAACUGAUCGGGCAGCAGGAACUACAACACAGCCAUGCAUUAGGAGUACUACAAGACACCAAGACUGCUUUUGAGCCGCAUGGACAUUAGACAGGAGAGAUGAACAAGCUAAUUGGCUUCGGAGCGGAUGAAACUUUGGUGAAAAUGGGACAUCAUGGGGGUGUCGUUGCCCUGCUCAAAGAAGAGGUCCGAUAGCAGAUUGGAAUUGGCCAUGCUGACUGUCCAAAAAAAAGGAGCCCAUGGGAGCUAAGCUUUAUGAACUUUUCUACCUGCCAUGGAGGAGUUCAUAAAGUUUAGCCAAAAAUCUCAGAUGAAGCUGCAGGCAGUUGGCAAAAUGCUGGGAGUCAACAUCAGUAACCCUUCUAGUGUCAAAGGCAAAUGCUGGUUUCAUGUAGAGUGUGCAUUCCAUGCACUUCUCAAACCAGCUGGACAGGAUGAACAGGAAAGUAGCCAGUAUGCUGCAACCCUGCAGCACAUGUGCCACCUGUCUGCAUCCUUUCCCUUGGCUGAUGCAAAAGGAAGGGCUGUGAAUGUAAUCUAUUUCCAAAGGAAUGUAUGCUUUGGGUUGCUCAGUCUCUUCUUAACCAAGUUUUUUCAAGAUAUUAUGUAAUUUCCUGCAAUCUCUGAAUUUAUUUAUUAGAUCAAGUGUGAGGUGGAUCAUGUAGAGUUCUGCGCCUUCAGCCACUUUAUUGCUUAUGUUUUUACAGAACUAGGGAGCCUUAGCCAGAUCCUACAGGGAAAUGACUUGAUCCUACCCAAGGCUUCUGCUGAGCUAAAGAGAACAGUGUCUGAAGUGGAAGGGAUGAAGUUUAAGACAGGGUGUUAGAGAACUGAAUUAAUUGAGUUUUACUUAUAGUUACUUUUAUUUCAGAACUUCCUGCACUUGGCUGAAAAAAUGCUUGUGAUGCCAAUCUCCUCCGCUCAGUGUGAGCGUGGAUUUUCGGAUCUUCUAAGAGGGCCAGGAGGCCAAAUAGGAAAGCGUG